AUGCAAGAAAGACCACGUUCACUAUUAGAAAUUGCCAAUAAUCCGUCAAUUGUCUAUGCGAAUGUAUACAACGAUUCGAUACAAUCCCAACGUAUGCCCAGCUACGCCUAUGACAAAUCUAAUGCACUGAUAUCAACGUUGGCAUUUUAUGAAUCAGAAGAUGUACUACAAUGCGGCGACUCACUACCCACCCAACCGCCUCUCAUUGAUAACUUCUCUCACCUGAAAACGUUAACUGAUUAUACUCGGUAUCUAUUCGCUGAUAAGACAAACGUAAAUCAAACAAGGAAUUAUAGAAAAAACAAAAGGGUUGUCAAUUCCGAGAGAGAGUCCGUGAAUAAAAACAUAAAGGAAAACGUGGGAACUGAUAGCAGUAGUGAAUUAGAGAAGGAAGCAUUGGAGAUCGUUGAUAACAUUCUGCUAAAGUUCGGUGAGCAACAGUGUGCGGAUGAUUCGGAUGAGGUAGAAUUUUCAGAUGAACACUACGAAUAUAACGAAACGAUGGACCCAUUCACAGUUAACGACAGAGAGGAAAAUGUUAAUCAAAGCACAGUAAAAACCAAAAUCUCAAGAUCGCGGGGAAUCGAUCAGGCUGCAGGAAAAGUACGACGGUCGAUCCGUAUCGCCAACAAGAGGCGAACAAGCAUCAGCGAACCAUUGGAGAUUCCUAUAAACAAAAACUCUAAUGUUGACAAACAAAUGCGUUCUGAGACAAGCACGCCGGUUGGAACGCGUGAUAGCUCGACCAAAACUGAUAGUAGUGAAUCGGAUAAUGACAUAUGGGAUGAAUCUUCAGUACGACGGUCGAUCCGUAUCGCUAACAAAAGGAGGCGAGCAAGCGAGCCGCUGGAGAUACCAAUAAAGAAACGCUCUAAUGUUGGCAAACGAAGGCGUUCUGAGAAAAGCACGGUUGGAACGCGCGAGAGCUUGACAAAAACUGAUAUAGAACACUCUAGUGAAUCGGAUAAUGGCAUAUGGGAUGAAUCUUCAUAUCCUCAAGUACGACGGUCGAUCCGUAUCGCUAUCAAAAGGAGGCGAGCAAGCGAGCCGUUAGGGAUACCUAUAAAAAAACGCUCUGAUGUUGGCAAACGAAUGCAUUCUGAGAAAAGCGCGGUUGGAACGCAUGAUAGCUCAACCAAAACUGAUAUAGAAAACGAUGGUGAAUCAGAUAAAGACAUAUGGGAUGAGUUCUCAUAUCUUCAAGAUAUCUUAGGAUGA